UAGUGUAAAUGACGUUUACCUCCAUUAAAGAUAGUGCUUGGAGCUUGGUUAAAGCAUAAAACGUGAAUAAAAACUAAUAAAUCUGUUAAAACAGGAAAAUAUGUUGAUUAUAAAGAUAUUUAAAUAAAUUUCUUGACUAUAUGAUGUUAGCAUAUAGUUAAAUAAUCGUGUUUCUCACGAUAAUUGCACAAAAAAAAUCAGUGGAAAAUUAGUGAUUUUUUUUUGACAAUACGAAAUCCAAAAUGGCUUUUUGUUUUUAGAGGCAGAAAGGAGUGAAGAAUAUUGUGAAAGAAUAAGAUCUUUAAAAUCUAUACAAUAAAAACGUUAACUUCUGAAAUAUUUAAUAUCAGGCUAGAUAAAAGACAAAAACCAUGUCAGUGCACUACAAAUUCAAAAGUGCUUUGGAUUUUGAUACAAUCACCUUCGAUGGACUUCACAUUUCUGUGGCGGAUCUCAAAAAAGCUAUUAUUCAACAAAAGCGAAUUGGAAAAAUUGCGGAUUUUGAUCUGCAGAUAACUAAUGCUCAAACAAAGGAAGAAUACACAGAUGAUACCACGCUGAUUCCUAAAAACACAUCCUUAACUAUAGCCCGGAUACCGUUGGCUAUUCAACCAAAAAAACAGUGGGAACCUAGCAUGGAAAAAGGUUCCACAGUGAAAAUGCACGUGGAACAGGAGAGAGCUCAUGUGGAUUUGUCCAGAAUAAAUGGAUCAGAAGAGGAUAAGAUAAAUGCUAUGAUGAUGCAAAGCACGGCUGACUAUGAUCCUACAAACUAUCAAAAAAUCCGUGGAUCAAACCAAACAGGAGAUGUUCCUAUAAAUUAUCGCUGCUUUAAGUGUCAUAAACCUGGUCAUUGGAUCAAGAAUUGUCCCUUAAUUGGUUCGACAGACAUGACAGAAAUGAAGAGGAACACAGGAAUUCCAAGGUCAUUUAUUGAGCAGCAACAAAAUGAGACUUUUCAACAGUCAGUUUUGACACCUCUGGUGGAAAAGACUCAAGAAGUUCCUGAGGACUUAAUAUGUAGCAUUUGCAAGGAUCUUUUUACAGACGCUGUUAUGAUUCCAUGCUGUGGUAGUUCAUUCUGUGACGAGUGUGUUCGAACUGCCCUACUGGAGUCAGAGGACAAUGAAUGUCCAGAUUGUCACGAAAAAGGUUCAUCCCCAGGCUCCCUUAUUCCCAAUCGUUUUCUAAGAAAUUCAGUAAAUUCAUUCAAAAAUGAGACUGGAUAUAAUCGAAAACCCAUAUCAAAGCCAAAGGAAGCGUUGGUGAUACCUCCAGAAGAAGAAAAGCAAUUGCCUGAGGAAAAAGAGGAUAGUGAUUAUGAAGACAACAUUACUGUAACCGUACCACCUGCCCAUCUUCAGUGCCGUGGAGCGUUCCGUGACAGACAAAUCAACGGAAAGAGUCGUGGGGAGGAUAACCUUGUGAAGAACAUGGAAAACGAGCGUUCAGAAACUCCUACAGUGGACGAGAAUGACGUUUAUGCAGGUUUGAGCGAGGAGCCACAUUGUCAUCGCCCAGUGGAACGCCCUCAACAAGAUGAAAUCAACAGACGCUCGCCAAAACCUCAUGAUAAUCAACAUUAUGGACCAUAUCGUGAACUACUGCACUCAUCUAGCAAUUACGCUCAACACGGAAAUGAAUAUAUUUCAUCUGUCCAACCUCAUUACAGUUCUCAUCCACGACCUCUGUUCGAGCAGCCGUUCUACGGAAACAAUCACAGGAUAUCCUAUCAGAAUCGCCCUGUGCCGGGCGGAUACCCGCCAAAAUUGAUACGUUCAGGACCUCCGAGCUCACUGGCAUCGGUGUAUCAAGGCGUGGCCGCUAAAGUAGGACCGGGCAUAAUUGAUGAUCCUCUUGAGGCAUUUAAUCGAAUUAUGAGAGAGAAAGAACGAAGGAAAGAACGUCGACGAUCUCGGUCUCGGGAAAAUGAUAACAGACGGUUCUCAUUAAGGCGCAGAGUGUCUCGCGGAAGGAGUCCAGAAUUACGUCGACUACGAUCUAAUGAGAGCCGCUUAGUGGAUCACAGAAGGAAGAGAAGUAGCUCAUACAGUCGCAGUUCUCGAAGUUCAAGAUCCCGCUCCAGAUCACCACUUAAGAUUUCCAGAUCACCUCGGAAGCGCUCUAGAACGCCUAGGAAUCGCACUAGAAGUCGGACUCCGUCAUUUAGUAUCAGUCGGUCGAGAUCACGUUCAGUUACACCAGCUGGGCGAUAUAGAGAACGAGGGCCACAACAUAAUCGAUUCCAUAGAUCACCACAUUCACGAUCACCUCCUAGGCAUCGAAUGAGAGAGCACCGACGAGAUGAAAGAAAUGAAAGGAGCGAUUGGAAGGACAGAGAUAAUUUAUCAAGAGACAAUUACCGUGACAAAACUCCGCAACAUGGAGGUUAUUCAAGGGGAAACCGAGGAUAUAGCCGAAGUACUCGUGGCCGUGGAAGCAGUACCUAUGGACAACGUGUAGAACGUCAACCGUUACUACCACAUCCUUCUCCUCAACAACCAGAAAUUGAUCCCUACUAUCGACAAUCCUCUACAGCAAUACCCAUUGGAUUCUAUCCUGAUAAUCAAUACCAGAGGUUUGUUUUUGAAUUAUUAUUAUUUAUUCAAGAAACCCACCCUUUUCCCCAUUAUAGAUAAGAUUAGGCACUUUUAUUAAUAUCGUGCCGUAUAGUUUAAAGUGAACAUUUCAGAUGUAAAUUAGAAUUUUAAUUGAGCAAUUAAGUAGUACACGAUUUUUUUUCUAAUAUUGAUGUACGUUGCCACUUCCCCUUCUAACAUCACAAGUUCAUAAAACCACCGCUAGGGGCGCUAUUUUUAAAAAGAAAAUAUUUCAAUUUUCUAAGUUAAAUAACUCAAAAAUUCCUUUGUGCAUCGGGCUGAAAUUUUAGUAUGUUGUAGCCGAUGAUUAUACCUAUCAAACAAAAAAAUACUUAAGUCGAUCCAUAACCCCUGACCCGAGCUAUAAGGAGUCAAAUUUCGAAUAUUGACCGGCCUCUAUCUCCGGUUCUAAUUAACAUUUUGAGCU